UAGUUUUAGUCGGUUCGUGUAAAAGAUUCGGAUGAUGCUGUCGGCGGUGCUAGUGAUAGGUUGUUUGGUGUUCAUUGCGUUACUUCUGUACGAUUGUCGUCUGCGACAAACCGAUGCCUAUCGCGCGGCUCGACAGUAUCCGGGGGGUGUUAUGUUACCCGUUCUUGGGAAUAUUCUGGAGAUUUUGUUCAAAGACCCGGUGCAAGCCUUCGUGUACGCCCGGAAGUGUGCGAAGCGAUACAGCCGUUCCUACCGACAAUGGAUUUUCGGGGAUGUUAUCCUGAACGUAGUUCGGGUGAAGGAAGCUGAACUGAUUCUAUCCAGUGUUAAGCAUACGCGAAAGAGUGUCAUCUAUCGCUUUCUUGGUCCGCUGAUGGGAGACGGUUUGCUGUGCAGCAAGGGAAGUAAAUGGCGUGCACGGCGACGCAUUCUGACUCCGGCGUUUCAUUUUAAUAUUUUGAGCAACUUUUUGCUGGGUUUCCAAGAGGAAGCCGAGCGGCUGGUAAAAUUUUUGGGAAAAUAUGCUGACGCGAAAAAGGAAGUGGAACUGCAGCAAAUCAUCACGAGAUUUACGCUGAAUACUAUAUGUGAAACGGCAAUGGGUGUAAAGUUGGAUACGUACAAGGAAGCGGACAGGUACCGAUCGAAGGUUUACGAGGUCGGUGAAAUGCUUGUACACAGAACGAUGAAUCCAUGUCUAUACGACGACGGGGUUUAUAAUCUAAUGGGAUAUCUGAAGCCUUUAGAAGAUGCCGUGCAGCCUAUUCAUGAUUUUACCAGAAGCAUUAUUCGCCAGAGAAGGAAACAGCUGAAGAAAGAUUUUCAGAAAAAAAUUACGGAAGAGAAUGUAUACAUUGGUAUGAAGGAGCGGUGCGCCAUGUUAGAUACAUUGCUGCUAGCUGAGGCGAAUGAUGCAAUAGAUGAGGACGGAAUAAGGGAGGAGGUGGACACAUUUGUGUUUGAAGGUCAUGACACAACCGCCGCGGGUAUAAUAUUUGCAAUACUCCUACUGGCGACUGAACGAGACUCUCAGGAAAGGGUAUACGAAGAGCUGACAAAGGCCUGCGAGGUAAAACCCGAGAACGAAGCGUUCACUAUGACGGACUACAACAACCUCAAAUACUUGGACCGAUUCGUGAAGGAAUCACUACGAUUGUAUCCACCGGUGGCUUUUAUUUCGAGGAGUCUCUCCGGCGCGUUGAACGUUGAUUCAACCACUUUCCCCCAUGGAACGAUCACCAACAUACACAUUUAUGAUCUUCAUCGGGACCCAGUCCAGUUUCCAGAUCCGGAAAAGUUCGACCCAGAUCGCUUCCUGCCGGAAGCAGUUGCCAAGCGCAAUCCAUACGCGUAUGUUCCUUUUAGUGCAGGCCAGAGAAACUGUAUAGGCCAGAAGUACGCUUUGCUAGAGAUGAAAACCGUCAUCUGCGCACUGUUGAGGAACUAUCGAAUCCUACCCAUAACUACGCGUGAUGAAAUCGUUUUCGUUGCCGAUCUGGUUCUUCGAGCGAAAACCCCAAUCAAAGUCCAAUUCAUCAAGCGGUAAGCGGGUUGUCUUCGUGAAAUAUUGUUUGUAAAUAUUGCUGUAAUAGGAAUAAAAUGUGGAAUACCGUCUAGAAU